AGUGUAUUCAUAUUCAAACAAACCGACCAAUUGCACUAGGCAGGGAGAGGGAGCAUCCAAUCGGCUGGCGCGAGGCCCCGGCGCUGCUUUGCAUAAAGCAAUAUUUUGUGUGGGAGCGAGCGGUGCAUUUGCAUGUUGCGGAGUGAUUAGUGGGUUUGAAAAGCGAACCGUGGCUCGGCCUCAUUUCCCGCUCUGGUUCAGGCGCAGGAGGAAGUGUUUUGCUGGAGGAUGAUGACAGAGGUCAGGCUUCGCUAAUGGGCCAGUGAGGAGCGGUGGAGGCGAGGCCGGGCGCCGGCACACACACAUUAACACACUUGAGCCAUCACCAAUCAGCAUAGGGAUCUGAGAAUUGCUCUCACACACCAACCCAGCAGCGUCCGUGGAGAAAACUCUCACGAGCAACUCUUUUAAAAUACCAUCAUUUCAAACCGUUGUGGUCUUUAAGCGACAACAGGGGGGAAACAACAAAAACCAAAAACCCAAAAAAAAAAAAAAAAAAAAAAAGCCCAACCAAACCAAACUCUUGACAGGAGCUUUGACAACGACGAGAGAGAGGAUGCCUCUUAAAGGCAGAAGACUUUAACUAGGGGCGAGCAGAUGUGUGAGAUCUUCUGUUCUAAGAGUGGACACAUAGCCCGGUUUUCAGAGCCCCGCAUUCGAGCCCCGUGGGACCCGGAGGCCGCCAACCAGCGCCAGCAUGCAGAACAGUCACAGCGGAGUGAAUCAGCUUGGUGGUGUCUUUGUCAACGGGCGGCCACUGCCGGACUCCACCAGGCAGAAGAUCGUAGAGCUAGCUCACAGCGGGGCCCGGCCGUGCGACAUUUCCCGAAUUCUGCAGACCCAUGCAGAUGCAAAAGUCCAAGUGCUGGACAAUGAAAACGUGUCCAACGGAUGUGUGAGUAAAAUUCUGGGCAGGUAUUACGAGACUGGCUCCAUCAGACCCAGGGCAAUCGGAGGUAGUAAACCAAGAGUAGCGACUCCAGAAGUUGUAAGCAAAAUAGCCCAGUAUAAACGGGAGUGCCCGUCCAUCUUUGCUUGGGAAAUCCGAGACAGAUUAUUAUCCGAGGGGGUCUGUACCAACGAUAACAUACCCAGUGUAUCAUCAAUAAACAGAGUUCUUCGCAACCUGGCUAGCGAAAAGCAACAGAUGGGCGCAGACGGCAUGUAUGAUAAACUAAGGAUGUUGAACGGGCAGACCGGAAGCUGGGGCACGCGCCCUGGUUGGUAUCCCGGGACUUCAGUACCAGGGCAACCUACACAAGAUGGUUGCCAGCAACAGGAAGGCGGGGGAGAGAACACCAACUCCAUCAGUUCAAAUGGAGAAGACUCGGAUGAGGCUCAAAUGAGGCUUCAGCUGAAGCGGAAGCUGCAGAGAAAUAGAACGUCCUUUACCCAAGAGCAGAUUGAGGCUCUGGAGAAAGAGUUUGAGAGGACCCAUUAUCCAGAUGUGUUUGCCCGGGAAAGACUAGCAGCCAAAAUCGAUCUACCUGAAGCCAGAAUACAGGUAUGGUUUUCUAAUCGAAGGGCCAAAUGGAGAAGAGAGGAAAAGCUGAGGAAUCAGAGAAGACAGGCCAGCAACACCCCUAGCCACAUCCCUAUCAGCAGCAGUUUCAGCACCAGUGUCUACCAGCCGAUUCCACAGCCCACCACGCCUGUUUCCUCCUUCACAUCAGGCUCCAUGUUGGGCCGAACAGACACCGCCCUCACCAACACGUACAGUGCUCUGCCACCUAUGCCCAGCUUCACCAUGGCAAACAACCUGCCUAUGCAACCCCCAGUUCCCAGCCAGACCUCUUCGUACUCCUGCAUGCUGCCCACCAGCCCUUCGGUAAAUGGGCGGAGUUAUGAUACCUACACCCCUCCGCACAUGCAAACACACAUGAACAGUCAGCCCAUGGGUACCUCGGGGACCACUUCAACAGGACUCAUUUCCCCUGGAGUGUCAGUCCCUGUCCAAGUUCCUGGAAGUGAACCUGACAUGUCUCAGUACUGGCCCCGAUUACAGUAAGAGAGCGAGCGUGAUCAAGAGAGGAAAUGUGUUCACUCAGUCAGUGACGAUGUGGACACAACAGUUGGGUGUUCAGGAAAGGAAGAGAAAUGACUGUUAGAAGCACUUCCCUUUGCAAUUGUGUCCUGUACUGGAGCCUGGGAAUGGACUAGAAACAAGGACCUUUGCACACAGAAGGCACGGCGUCAGUUGGAACAAAUCUUCAUUUUGGUAUCCAAACUUUUAUUCAUUUUGGUGUAUUAUUUGUAAAUGGGCAUUUGUAUGUUAUAACGAAGAAAAGAACAACACAGACUGGUGGACCUUGGAUCUGUGUUGGCUCAUGUGGUUGUUUAAAGGAAACCAUGAUUGACAAGAUUUGCCAUGGAUUUAAGAGUUUUAUCGAGAUAUAUCGAAUACUUCUACCCAUCUGUUCAUAGUUUAUGGACUGAUGUUCC